AUGGGUGUCGCGUGGUUUUGCGUGGGUGUGGCUCGUGACCUUGCGAACUGUUCUGGCAUCCCUCCAUUGGAUGAGACUGUUGUGGGGAGGGAGAUUUUGGCGCGAAAACCCUCCCGCCAGUUUGGGGGUCGCAUGGAGUCCGAGGACCCCAAGUGGUGUUUUAUGUUGUUUGGGGCAUCCGCAAAUCGUGCAUGCCCGGAAGUGGACGAGCGCACGGAGCGCAGUGUGGAGAGGAUGAUGAAGGUCAUCGACCUCGCUCGGAACAUCCGCGAGCGGAACAACCGCCCGCUCAAGACGCCCCUCAGGGAGAUGGUGGUGGUGCACCCGGACGCCCAGUUCCUUGAAGACAUCACGGGCAAGCUGUGUGAGUACGUGCGGGAGGAGCUGAACGUGCGCUCCGUGCUGCCCUGCGCUGACACCAGCAAGUACACCUCUGUGCGCGCCGAACCUGACUUCAGUGUGUUGGGGAGGCGCGUGGGGAGGGCGAUGGGUGCGGUGGCGAAGGCGGUGAAGGAGAUGGACGCGGCGGCCAUCGCUGCCAUGCAGCUGGCGGGGGAGGUCACCGUCGCCGGCCACACGCUCUCCGCCUCCGACAUCAAGGUGCGCACAGGGGGGUGGAGAUUAGGGGCAGGGGGGGACGGAGAUGAGGGGCACGGGGGGCAGAGACAAGGGUCGUGGGAGGCGGUUUCUGGGUGUGACGGUAGGACGUAG